AUGCCCCGACUCCCCGUUAUCACCCCUCCAGCGCCUCCGCUACGCCCAGCACGUCGAAAGCUAUGCCUGACGGUUAUCUCCUAUAACAUACAUGGACUAUGCGGCAGCAAGCUGGAACUACUUCAAUACCUGCGUCGAUCCUCCCCAGACGUGGUCUGCCUUCAAGAGACCUUCCACGGCCCACACCAUUCACUAGCAUUUCGCAACUAUGGUGUAGAGCACUUGGAGGGGGAGUACCUCCCUCAAGACGACCCAGAUGACCAUCGCGGACGCCGGAGUAGUGGGUUACUCAUCCUGAUUCGACGACCACUCCACUACAAAAUCUUCCUCCGCAUCCCCCUCCACGACACUAAUUACUGCUACUCGGCUCUGGGGGUCGAACUGUCCUCGCCAACACUGCCCUCCCCCCUCAAGGUGGUUAACAUCUAUAUCAGACCCCAUCAAGGACCCAACCCACCACAACUACAACUAGAACUACCAGCGGCGAACUGUAUUGUGGUAGGCGAUGUCAACGGCCACCACCCAGCAUGGUCUGGUUCCACUCAGUGCGACGCCAACCCCCAAGGCCAAGAAGUCUACACCUGGCUCCGCGAAGCCCAUUACAAACUUCUCAACUCCAUCCACGACCCCCCUACCUUUCAAGGCCAACAGGGCACGUCUAGUAUCGACAUCACUGCUGUCACGAAGGAUUUGCUCCUAUCCUGUACACGGCACCUCUUGGAGAACUCGCUGGCAGCCUCGGACCACCUCCCCCAGAAGAUCGGGAUCAAGACCACCGCUGGCUUUGUGCGACAGAGUGGACAGAGAGCCAAUUAUAAUGAGAUAUAUAAAAGCCGACUUUCCAUGGCAGUCAAAGCUCAAUGGAGACAGCGUGCCGUUACUAUGAAAACUCACAAAACGAAAAAGGCGUCUCUGUUUAACCCCCAAGUGGCCACAGCGGGACAUCAAGAAGCCUUUGACGCCAAACAAGCACAGCCUUUCACCCAAGAAGAAUUCGACCGGGCUUUGGGGAAGAUAAAUACUUCGACCGCACCCGGACCGGAUCAGACGGCGAGCGAUCUACAUGGCACACCCAACGCGAGGGCUUAUCGCAAGGAGCGGCACGCACUAUCUUUCAUUGAGACUUGGCUCCAGGAUAACGGCAUGUGCCUGGCAGAAGAUAAGAUUGGGCUCAUAUACUUCAUCGGUAGGAGGCGUACACCUAUCCAGCAAAACCAAAUCAUUAUUAAUAACGUGCACAUUGAAGCACGGCUAACACUAAAAAUUCUGGGGGUACGCCUACAUUUCUACCCCCCACUCCCUCUCGGGGAGGCACGACGAAUUAUAUCACUUGACCUGUCCUUGAAUAGCGAGGUUCCGCAGAACGCCGACCGACAGGCAUACCGGAUUGCAUCCUACCAAAAACUUCUUUCCUAUGUUGCACAGGGAUACCACAUUCUCAUUGUGGACGCCUCCUAUCGUGAUGACCUUACAGAACAGCAGCCCCGUUCGGCAGGAUAUGCUUGGACAUUUUAUCCCAACGAGGUCGGCCUAAUCGUGUCGCAAGGUAUUCGAGGACAAGGACCACUCGGAACAGCUAUCCAUUCAUCUACCGAAGCAGAGCUAGCUGCCUUGUCUCACGCGAUCAAGGAUGUCGCUAGGUUGACGUCAUGCAGACAGUCUCUUCUACAGGGUGGUAAGCUUCUUAUCGUUAGUGAUAGCCAGGGAGCAUUAAAAGGUUUAUCCCGCGGUUGGCUCCAACGACAUAACAAUCGACAGACGGUUUGGGAAUGCUUACAACAGCUUCUAACUCUCCCCCGACUUCCCCCACAGGGUUCUAUUAUCACCAUCACUGGUUAUUGGCUUAAAGCUCAUGUCGGACUCUUGCUGCACGACGAGGUGGACCGACGAGCCAAAGCUGAACUCGAAACACUACAACCUGUUGUGCUCGAAUCAUGGGAAAGCUGUCUAACCAGAUUGUCUCAGAGGAAAAAACGAAUCUUCGAGCAAACUGCUCACAAGCUUCCGGCAAAAGACCUCCCCACUAGUUGGGACUGGCGAGAUGUCGAUGGCGAAAACAUGGUGACUACUGAUCGUAGUUAUUCCAAUCCAAGAGCGUGCUCCGGCUGCUGGGCGUUCGCCACCGUGCAUGCCCUAUCCGACCGAAUAAAGAUUCAACGAAAUGCCGCAUUCCCCGAGGUCAACUUGUCGCCUCAACCGCUUUUAACAUGUGGUUAUGAAAUCGGCAACGGUUGCCGAGGUGGAGGAGUUAUUGAUGCAAUGCGAUAUAUUAAGGAAAAAGGUAUCACUGAUGAAACGUGUUCCCCUUUUACAGCUAGAGGCCACGACACUGGUGAUAUCUGUCUUGGUUCUACUGUGUGUAGUACGUGUUCUGCUAAUGGUUCAUGCGAAAUACCGAAAAAAUAUGACAUAUUUCACGUAGAUGAAUUUGGCACAGUUUCUGGCGAGGCUGAGAUUCAAUCUGAAAUCAAGGCCCGUGGACCAGUAGUGUGCCACAUGCAUGUUGAUGAGGCUUUCCGCGCGAAUUACGAGGGUGGUGUAUUUUACCAAGAUAAACCUAAUGCGGAAAUCAAUCACGAAGUGUCGUUGGUUGGGUGGGGCAAAGAUCCGGAAACUAACGAAGAAUAUUGGAUAAUGCGUAAUUCGUGGGGAAGCUUCUGGGGAGAACAUGGGUAUAUGCGAAUAAAGUUCGGCACACUUCUCAUCGACUCACAAUGCAGCUGGGGUGAGCCUAGUGAUGAUGUCAGGGGGGAAGUAGUACCUAACGUACCGUUUAGUGUUGGGAAUACGAAGUCGCUUGUCGCGGCAAACUACGUCGAAAUGGACCCCAUGGGGAAUGCGGUAGACCUCCACCCUGCUGGUAGAUCAGCUGAGCAUUCCGUUGAUAUCACAAUAUAA